AUGCCCACCGAAACAGAACCCCUGCUUCCACGCUAUGAGGACGACACCUCGCGUCAGCGCCGUCUCCACCAGAAGCUACACAGCUAUCAGAUGCUCCGCGCCCUCUCCGAAGGGUACAUGCCAACAACCGAGCAAACAAUCAGCAACGUGCGCACUCUCCUAGCAUCUGACAUCCUCAACCUUGCCAACAAGGAGAUCGGCAGCGUCGGUCGCCAGCUAGUGCGGGACUGUCGACUGUGGAUCCAGACCUUCAUCGAGUUCCUCGGGGCGAAGAACAGCCACGAUCAGCUUCAGGAAUUCCUGUGGCGUCUGGCACGUUCGCGGGUCUCGGUGGAUAGUGGGAGGGUUUCGCAGCAGGCUGCCCACGUGAAGGCGCGGGCUGAUACUAAAGCUGCUUAUGAUAGUUUCCGCACGGUUGGGAGCUUGCUCCUGACUAACGCUGAUUUCCGGCUAUUUGUCGAUGAUGUCGUUACGGUUGGGAGGCAGAUCUUCUCCGAUACGGCCGAGUCUCUGGCUGAAUCUUCGAAACUUGUUGCAGAGCAAGUGAAGUCUUCUGAAGAAGAGGCAAAGGCGCUCAACGGUGCUGGAGCUGAUGCUGGUCAUGAGCUGUCGGCUGAUCAGGUGAGGGAGGAGAUUACACAUGUCGCAGAUGUUGUUGGUGAAGGCGCUGCGGAUACAGGGCGUGAUGCUGUGGAAAGUGCCAAAGAGCAUCUAUCCGGUCGUGAGAGGGAUACUUUGUUGUUUCGAUUGAAGCAAGCUGUUACCAGGCUUCGCGAGAGAACUGACUACUCUGACUCGGUCUCGACACUGGCUGAAUUGCUUAAGCGCUAUGCUAAAAUCUACGCCGAUGUUGCAGAGGAAACUAGCUCUGUCGCCCAAGAAGACCUAGAUGUCAAUAACGAUCUCAAGCGAGCGGUCGACGAAUUCUGGGUUCUCUUACGGUCGUUUGGUGACGCUAAGGAAUGGGAUCGGCUUCAACAGAAAUUCCAUGAUGUCCUCCGACAUGCAAAUAAAGAUCCCGAAUUCGAUGGUUUACUAGGAGAGGUCGGGACCUCAUUGCAAGAUAUGUUUACCGACCCUGCCUUUUUCGAUUCCGCGCCACAGAAGCUCGAUGAGCUUAAGCAACAGUCCAAUAAAGUCGGCUUCGAGACAAGUCUACGAAAGGAUAUGGAUGAGUUCCUUGCACAAGCGAAACGCACAUUACGCAGUCUGCCUGAAGACCCCAUGGUGUCCAAGUUAAUCAAUGCCACCAAGAAGGUAUACCAGCAUGUCUGGGCAGCCUACAACGACAAACAAACCGACCUCCCAGCCGACAUAGUGAAUGUGUUCCUCCCAGUCUUCCUCCGGUUGAUCCAAUACGUUCCAAUCCCGCGAUUGGAAAUAUCCGCCCCGGAAAUGGAUCUACUCCUCGAAAAUCUAAUUCUCGAACCAGGCCACACAGUAAACUUCUCAUCCUUCCUCCCCUACCGCAUGCACCUCCUUACGCGCAACGACAUCGACAUCGUAAAAACACACUCCAAGCGCACAGAAACUCUCAUGAAAACAGCCUUCACAGUAACAAUCCAAGGGCUAAACAUCAGCGCCGAAGACUUCGGCUACUGGUUCCGCGCACACACAGGCCUCUUCCGCCUUAAAGACGAAGGCAUCGCUAGCUUCUAUCUUGACCGCCGCGGUAUCGACAUCUCCCUCGAUAUCGAAGUCGGGCGCGGCCGCCUAGAGCAGAUCUUCUCACUGCGCGGCGUGCGCGUGGUCAUCCACAAACUCGAUUACAAAGUCAAGCGCAGUAAAUGGAGGUUCUUGCUCUGGCUGACAAAGCCAAUCCUGAAGCAUCUCGUCCGUCGUGUCCUGGAGAAAAAGAUUGCAGAAGAAAUUGUUGCCGCGGCGUUUGCGUUGAAUCGGGAGCUGGUCUUCGCUAGGGAACGUCUGCGUGCUGCACGUAUUGCUAAUCCCCAGGAUCUGGCUUCUUUCAUUAGAGCUGUGCUUGCACGUCUUGUACCUGCCGACUCAGAUGUCGAGACUAGGGUUGGUCUUUCGCCAUUAAAGAGUGGGCCUUUCGAGGGUGUCUAUGCUCCUGGCAGCAUUGUUAAGACCUGGCAUGAUGAGGCGACUGGUGCACAGGAGGCUAUAGAUGAUGGAGAUGAGACGUUGGGACUAGGCCAUACGUGGCGUAAUGAUAUCUUUGAUGUCGCUGGCAGGCACUAA